UCAUAGUUACAAGUUAAGUUCCUUAAAUGUCAAAAAUUAAAGAAUGGAUGUUACGGAUAAUAUUGAUGGAAAUUUAGAUCCUCGCAUACAGAUUGAGUUGGAGAAUUUAAAUGAUGCAACAGAUGAUAUAAACAAACUUGAAACUGAAUUGGAUGAAGCUCACACUGCAUUUAGACAAUUAUUAUCUGAAACUACCAAAAGAUUAAAGGAAAUAUUACAUAAAGUGGGAAAUAGCUGUGUUGAAAAAGCAAGAUGUUAUUAUGAAGCACUUGAAGUAGCACGUGAAGCCCAGAUAAAAUGUCAACAACAAGCGCAACUAUUUCAAAGAGCAAGUGAAAUCCAUGCAGCGGCAAAAGAAACUGUGGCAUUAGCUGAAAGUAGAUUUAUGUCACAUCAACAUGAAUGGAAUUUUGAUCAAGCUUGGCAGGAUAUGCUAAAUCAUGCAACCCUUAAAGUUACAGAUGCUGAAAAUCAGAAAGCUGAAUGUCGUAGAGAACAUUACAAAAGGGCAGUGCUAUUUCAUGAUGCUAAAAAAAGACUACUGCAACUAGAGGAGAAACAUCGUCGUUCCAUAAUAAAGGCUCGACCAUAUUUUGAAGUUAAAGCACAAUGUGAUCAAAUGUUAGCUACUCAAAAAGAACGAGUUGAAUGUUUACAAAAAGCAAUACAAGAUGCAAAAAUUAAUUAUGCUACAAGUCUUCGUAGGUUGGAAGAAAUCAGUAAUCAAAUACAUCAACAGCGUCGAGAUUAUGAUUUUAUAGCUAAUGGACCUCGAGAACCAGGUGUUGGUGCAGAAUUAGUUAGUCCACAAAAGAGUUCAAAUUAUGACAUAGAAUUUAAUCAAUUAAAUGGCAAUAAAGUAAAGGACAUUAUGAAUAAUCAACUGAAAAAGUAUAAUAGGAUACAAGAUUAUAAUAAUACUUGUCAAUUACAAGAAGAUACUGAAUAUCUUGGAAAAAGAUCGGUUGAUGGAAGUGAAGCAACAUCUUCUCAAUGGGAAUUAGAACUAGAAGCUAAUAUAGAAAAUUUGAAUAAAUUACCCCUUGAGAAUACUGUAAUUGGGCAAGACAGUAAAAACGAAAGUAUAUCUAAUUUACAUUUUUAUAGUGAGGAAAAUUCAAAAUCAAAUAAUUUCUUAAAACACUUCAAUUAUAAGUUUUUGCAAGGCAAAGAUCCUUCUAUGCAAAAUUUGAAUCAAUCAAAAAAAUUGUUAAAAAAUUUUCAAAUUUUGAAAAGUCCAUUUACGAACAUUUCUUUAAUGUCACAUCUCGAAGAAUCAAAUACCGUAAAGCAUGAAAUUAUUGAUUCAAUAGUAUUAAACAAACAUAAAAAUAACUUUAAGAAUACUGUAUCGAAGUCGUUAAAUAAUAGUCCUUCAAGAACAAAUAUAUUUAAUUUGAGUUCGAAAUUUACAGAAAACGGAAUAUGUCAGAGUAUAGCAAAAUAUGUGCCAAAUAAUGUCUUUAAUUUUGGUUUUAGUAAUAACAAAUCUCAAAGUAGUAGUGAUAUUAAUUUAUCUUUGAAUCUCGAUACAAGUUCUAUAGAAAAAUAUCAAAGUUUAGAUGAUAUUGUAGGUGAUAAGACUGAGAAUCUCACAUUUGAUAAGCAUGUCAUAAAUUUAAAAUAUAAUACGCGAUCGUUUCCAAUAAAAGAAACUAAUGAUAAUGGCCUAAAUGUGGUAACAAAAUUGCAUAAUGCACAAUUAAAUAAUUUUAACAAGACAAAUUUACAAUUAAAAACAGAGGUAAUGCCAGAGAAAAAAUGGUUUAGGUCUAAUUCAACACAAUUUUUAUCUUCCAGUGUUAGUUCAUCACUAAAACAAGUAAAAUCAGUUGUAAAUUUAUCAAGUGAAAACUCUUCAAAUAAAAAUUUAACUAAUUGUAAUAAAUCUUUUGCAAUUCAAAAAUUAACAAAGAACAAUCAAUUGCAAAUGAAUUGCCACUAUUAUCACUUUUUGAGAAAAAUAAUUCAUUGGCCAAUAGUAAGAGUAAAAGUUUUAGUAUGA